CGGGGAGCGCGCUCCCCGUCCCGGCCGCGGCAUGCGCGCGCUGCUCGGCCUUCUCCUGGUAUUCGGCGGCUGCACCUUCGCUCUGUACCUGCUGUCCACGCGGCUGCCCGUGGGGCGGAGGUUGGCAUCGGCCGAGGAGCCCCAAGGCCGGUCCCUGUGGUUCCCCUCAGAUCUAGCUGAGCUGCGGGAGCUCUCUGAGGUCCUUCGAGAGUACCGGAAGGAGCACCAAGCCUACGUGUUCCUGCUCUUCUGCAGUGCCUACCUCUACAAACAGGGCUUUGCCAUUCCUGGCUCCAGUUUCCUGAAUGUUUUGGCUGGUGCCUUGUUUGGGCCAUGGCUGGGACUUUUGCUGUGCUGUGUGCUGACAUCAGUGGGUGCCACAUGCUGCUACCUGCUUUCCAGUGUUUUCGGCAAACAGCUGGUGAUCUCCUACUUUCCUGAUAAAGUGGCCCUGCUGCAGAGGAAGGUGGAGGAGAACAGAAACAGCCUGUUCUUUUUCCUGCUGUUCCUCAGACUCUUCCCCAUGACACCCAACUGGUUCUUGAACCUCUCUGCCCCAAUUCUGAACAUCCCCAUCGUGCAGUUUUUCUUCUCAGUGCUUAUCGGUUUGAUCCCGUACAAUUUCAUCUGUGUGCAGACAGGCUCUAUUCUGUCCACGCUCACUUCUCUGGAUGCUCUCUUCUCCUGGGAAACUGUCUUGAAGCUGUUGGCCAUUGCCUUGGUCGCUUUGGUUCCUGGAACUCUCAUCAAGAAAUUUAGCCGGAAGCACCUGGUGCUGAGUGACACAGACAACAGUAGUCAUCUAGAUGGCAGGAAGGACGCGUGAUACAGGUUCCGUGUUUACACAGCCCUGGACUCUGCCGCCGGUCUGUGUGAUGGGUAUGGUCCUUUUAUUGUCCCCAUUGUGUUUUAGUUGACCUCAAAGGGUGAUCUGAACGUCAGUCUAGCACGCAGAGGCCUGUUAGAAGGGCACUCUUUUUGAGGGUCCUGUCCAGGGUUCUGUGAAAUGGACUGCUUUCUAGAAAAUCUUGCUUUGGUUCUAUCCAGCAACAGAGGACUCAGUCUGUGGGGCUUGUCCUUUGCCAGUCCCUGAGAUGUCCUGGGAGAAGAUGCUGGUGGCCUUUUGGAGGCUGUGUGACAGGUACUGUGUUAGGUCCCUGUGGAUGUUGUAUCAGACAGGACUCUAGCUCCUGCCAGUCUCUUGAAGUGUGUCUUCUCUGCCUUUCUGCUGAUGAUCUACCUCUGUAAGCCAAGGGACCCAAGAUUUACACACACAGCUUGAGUGCAGUUUCUUGUAAUACACACUGAUAUUUCUAUGUCUAAGCUCCUCGUGUUGUUCUGUG